AUGUCGUCUAUACCAUCCCAGGGUACUCCGGGAUUCACAUCUCUUACACUUCCUCGCGCACCCCCACCACCGUUCGCCAGCGGAAGCGGAAGUGGGAAUAGGACUUCGAUGUUCGGUGCUAUCGGAGCAGGCGAUGGCAAGGUUGACUUGACAAAAAGCGGCAUAGCACAGACGACUAUGGCUAGUGUUGAGGUUGUCCGGGGUCUCAGCGGAACCAAAGGAUUCAAAGGUAUAUUAGGACGAAAAGAAUCUACCGCUUCUCGGGGGAGGGGGAAGCAGAGAUCGACGGAUGCCGUACUAGGAUUCACAAGCUAUCGGGCUCCGCCAACGUAUGUACCUAGCGGCAGCGUCUUGGUGCAAGUCUGGAGCGUGGGCAUCGAUGCAAUCGAUGCUCGGCUAGUAGGGAGCGAAGAUGGCAUUAAGGCGUCGAAGAGUAGCUCCAGCAUGGGUAGAAGUGGUAGUAUGACUGGACAAGCACGGCCAAGCUUGAUGAGAAGCGUUAGUUUGCGGGCUAGGCUCGCAAGAACGCCCAGUCAUCAGCGAGGUCGGAGCGAAGAUGGUGUCGAUGACCGUUGGGGAGGGUCCGAGUCAUCAGUGGAGGUAGGCUUUGUCCCUGGGCGCAGUUUUGUGGGGCGGGUCCUGGAAAGUGGCUGGGAGGUGAAGGAGGAAGUGGCGAAGAAGGGCGAUUGGGUUGUCGGCCUUUUGGAUGUGAGAAAGUGUGGCGCCCUGCAAGAAUUCGUUAUCGUGGACCGCCAUCGGAUUUACAAAGUCCCUCACCCGCGCAUGAAGUCAUUGGGUGACGAUGAUCGCUCCUUUAGCGAUAGUGUCCCUCGUCCACCCUUCGCGGGGACGUAUUCUGAUUCCAGAGACUCGUUAUCAACGCGUUCCGUAGUAUCAGGCCAAUCACUUACUGGAUCCGUUCCCCACGAAGCUGGAUAUCUGUCGCCCAGCGAGCUGGCUUUGUUACCCUUGUGUGGUGUAGCUGCUUAUCGCGCAGUACGCACAUUUGUAGCAGCUUUUUCAUCAGCGACUUUAACUCCAUCGGCAACUGCCCAAGGCCCGCUAGAAGGACUGGAUGUGACGCCGCGAUCUCCGAAUGUCCAUGAACAUGGUCCUAGAAGACGAGCACUGGUACUUCGGGGACACGACGGCAUUGGUGCGAUGGCGGUACAGAUGAAGAGGCCGGACUAUAUGAAGCAAGUGGAGGAUCGAGUGAGAUCUUGGGGUGGUGAAGAAGUCGUGUUUGAUGAUGGUGACGUCGGUUCGCUGGGUGAGGAAGGUAGACGAGGUGCUGUGGUGCGGGUCAUCGAACGACUUGUGGCUGAUGGCGACGCGUUUGACGCCGUGCUUGACACUGUAGGCGGCAAGGCAAUCUGGGAGAUAUCUGAACGGCUACUCAGUGGUGUUGGCUCCGCGCAGAAUAGUCCCGCCAAGAAGGGGGCAUUUGGGAGCUUGAAGAAGCGGUCUCCGCGCAGCAAGGGACAGUUUACGACUCUUGUUGGUGAUGUGCCGGAGCGAACGAUACCGAGAGACGAGGGCAGGAACAAUGGAAAGGUUGGGUAUGCGUGGGUUAGCGUCGCGCAGGACAUCGACUGGGAUGGAGACGACAUCCGGGAAAGUAUCGGUGCCGUUUUGCGCUUAGCGCUGAAAGAAGGGUUACGGCCUAGAGUAGGCGGGGAUGAGAGAAUUAUUUCGUUUGAAAGCACGCCAUCGGUAUUUGUCGAAGGUGGUCCACUGGAGGAUGGUGGUACGAUUGUGGUAAAAGUGGUAGGCUAA